CUGCCAUAAAAUGUUUGACGGCUGCCUCCUGCCUCUCGUGUUUCCCUGCCUGCUGCUUUGGGGACUGGACGCCGGCACAGCCGGCGGAGCGGAGCUGGAAGUGGUGAUCCCGGAGCGAGUGGAGCUGGAGAGGAUCCACCUGCUGCCUCCCGCCGGGAGAGGGGACCGCGGCGGAGCCCGGCGCCGUCGGGAGCUGCUGCGGCCGCGGGAGGCGGCGGGAGAGGCCGUGCUGCUUCGCCUGCCCGCCGCCGGCACCGAGCUCUACGUGCUCCUCCGCCGCGACCUGCGCUUCCUCGCCCGGGGCUUCGUGGUGGAGCAUCGGCGCGGGGAGGAGCGGCGGCCCCCGGCGGAGCGGCUCUGCUUCUACACGGGACGCGUGCUGAACCGCAGCGACUCCUUCGCCUCCCUCAGCACCUGCGCCGGGCUGGUUGGCUAUAUUCAAAUUGGAUCAGAGCACAUGUUAAUACAACCAGUGAAUACAUCAGAGACCUCAUUUAGCGGAAAAGAACACUUCAUCAGACGUAGACGAUCCACAAAAUCAAGCCAUUCUUUGAAGCACAUUCCUGAUGAGCACUGCAAGGUUGUAGCAGAAAAGAAGAGGCAAAAGAAGAUGAAAUCAACCAGUGACUGGAGGGAGAGAAGAAACGCCAUUCGGCUUACCAAUGAGUACACGGUAGAAACUUUGGUGGUGGCAGAUGCUGAUAUGGUCCAAUACCACGGUGCAGAGGCUGCCCAAAGAUUCAUCCUCACAGUUAUGAAUAUGGUGUACAACAUGUUUCAACAUCAGAGCCUUGGAAUUAAAGUCAGCAUUCGAGUGACAAAACUAGUCCUACUUCGCAGUCGACCUGCCAAGUUAUCUAUUGGGCAUCAUGGAGAGAGGUCUCUGGAGAGCUUUUGUCACUGGCAAAAUGAAGAAUAUGGUGGAGCAAAAUACCUUGGUAACAACCAGGUUCCUGGUGCGAGGGAUGACACCCCUCCUGUGGAUGCUGCAGUUUUUGUAACCAGGACAGAUUUCUGCGUACACAAAGACGAGCCUUGUGACACUGUGGGAAUUGCUUACCUGGGAGGUGUCUGCAGUGCCAAGAGAAAAUGUGUUCUUGCUGAAGACAAUGGUCUCAAUCUAGCAUUUACAAUUGCACAUGAACUUGGGCACAACAUGGGAAUGAGCCAUGAUGACGAUCAUCCUCCCUGUGCAGGGAGGUCUCAUAUUAUGUCUGGAGAAUGGGUCAAGGGCAGGAACCCCAGUGACCUCUCCUGGUCUUCAUGCAGUCGCGAUGACCUUGAAAACUUCCUAAAGUCCAAGGUCAGCACCUGUUUGCUAGUAACAGACCCCCGAAGCCAAUAUGCAGUGCGGCUCCCUCACAAGCUGCCAGGAAUGCACUACAGUGCCGAUGAACAGUGCCAGAUCCUCUUUGGGACCAAUGCUACAUUCUGUAAAAAUAUGGAGCAUUUGAUGUGUGCUGGGCUCUGGUGCUUGGUGGAAGGAGAUACAUCCUGUAAAACAAAGUUGGAUCCCCCUCUGGAUGGCACUGAGUGUGGCGCAGACAAGUGGUGCCGAGCUGGGGAGUGUGUCAGUAAAACUCCCAUCCCUGAACAUGUUGAUGGAGACUGGAGCAUGUGGAGUCAGUGGAGCAUGUGCAGCCGGACAUGUGGCACAGGAGUGCGAUUCAGACAGAGGAAAUGCGACAAUCCCCCGCCAGGGCCAGGUGGGAAGAACUGCCGUGGAGCCAGCGUGGAACACACCGUGUGUGAGAACUUGCCCUGCCCCAAAGGUGUGCCGAGCUUCAGAGACCAGCAGUGCCAGGCCCAUGACAGAUACACCAAUAAGAAAAAAAGCCUCCUGACAGCUGUGGUCGUUGAUGAUAAACCAUGUGAGCUUUUCUGCUCUCCACUGGGGAAGGAUUCCCCUGUGCUGGUGACUGAUAGAGUCCUCGAUGGCACUCCAUGUGGGCCUUAUGAGACUGACCUCUGUGUACAUGGCAAGUGCCAGAAAAUUGGCUGCGAUGGAAUCAUUGGCUCAGCUGCCAAAGAGGAUCGCUGUGGAAUCUGCAGUGGUGAUGGCAAAACCUGUAAAGUGGUGAAAGGCGACUUCAACCACACGAAGGGGAUGGUAACCAAUAGUCAUUGUAAGAAGGUUUCCACAUGUGUGAUGGCAAAGGCAAAGUCUGUUCCCAAGUGUUUCUCGUGUUACAUCGAAGCAGCUGUGAUCCCUGCAGGUGCCCGACGGAUCAGAGUGGUUGAGGACAAACCUGCUCACAGUUUUCUGGCUUUAAAAGAUUCCAGUAAGAGAUCCAUUAACAGCGACUGGAAAAUUGAGCUUCCUGGUGAGUUUCAGAUCGCAGGCACUACUGUCCGAUACGUGCGAAGGGGGCUGUGGGAGAAAAUCUCUGCCAAAGGACCAACUAAAAUACCACUGCACUUGAUGGUGCUGUUAUUUCAUGACCAGAAUUACGGAAUUCAUUAUGAAUACACAAUUCCUGUAAACUAUACUACUGAAAACAGAAGUGAGCCAGAAAAGCAACAGGAUUCAUUGUACAUCUGGACGCACAGCGGAUGGGAAGGGUGUAGUGUGCAGUGUGGAGGAGGUGAACGGAAAACAAUUGUGUCCUGUACUCGAAUUAUUAACAAGACCAUGACAGUGGUGAAUGACAGUGACUGCCAACGAGUGAAUCGCCCCGAGCCCCAGGUCAGGAAAUGUAACACACACCCCUGCCAGUCACGGUGGGUGACUGGCCAUUGGAGUCCCUGCUCUGCCACUUGUGAGAAAGGCAUCCAGCAUCGGGAAGUGACUUGUGUUUAUCAGCUGCAAAAUGGCACCUAUGUUAACACAAGAGACCUCUACUGCCUUGGCAACAAACCAGCAACAGUACAAAGCUGUGAAGGACGGGACUGCCUCUCAAUUUGGGAAGCAUCAGAGUGGUCAAAGUGUUCAGCAGACUGUGGCAAAGGGAUCCAAAAAAGGACAGUAACGUGUACAAAUUCUCAAGGCAAAUGUGAUGCAGCCACCAGGCCAAGAGAUGAGGAAGAAUGUGAGGAUCACACAGGCUGUUAUGAAUGGAAAACAGGCGAUUGGUCUAAGUGCUCCUCAACCUGUGGGAAGGGCCUCCAGUCGCGUGUUGUGCAGUGCAUGCACAAAGUCACCGGGCGCCAUGGCAGUGAGUGUCCUGUCCUGUCCAAGCCAGCAGCCUACAGGCAGUGCCACCAAGAGGUCUGCAAUGAGAAGAUUAAUGUCAACACAAUUACCUCGCCCAGACUUGCUGCUCUCACGUACAAGUGCACAGGCGACCAGUGGACAGUGUACUGCAGGGUGAUCCGGGAGAAGAACCUGUGCCAGGACAUGCGGUGGUAUCAGCGCUGUUGCCAGACUUGCAGAGACUUUUAUGCAAACAAGAUGCAACAGAAGAGUUAAUGAACCUGUGCUACUUCUUAGGGUAUUACAGCUAUUUGUAUGUAAGUCAUGGACUAGUAGGUCUGAGUACUGGAACUUCAUGAGUUGCUACAGUGUGGUGGAUUCCAAAGCAUACCUAUUGAGACUUGAAAACUAACUCUACAGACUGGAUACCAAAGUAAUCCACUCAUCCACCAUUAAAAAAAAAAAAAAAAAAAAAAAAAGGAAAGCAAAAAAAUAGAAAAGAGUCAUCUCAAGGAGCCAAUCAUUUUAUCAUGUUUUGACAUCUUUACCUUUUUCAUUAAUGCUUUUUACUUUAAUAUAUUAAAUCAUCAGCCACUGGAUGGCUUAAUACCAUUAAAGGACAAGAGUUGCAAAGUGAUUACAUUGACUAAGGUUAUAGGUGCCUCCACGGAGGAAGGCCUCUGGCAAAAUAGUUAAGCAAAGGUAGAGACAUUAUUUAAUCUUUUAAUCUUGGCUUUCAUCUAAUGUUUUUCAUUCUGAACAGUUAUCCCACUGUUGAGUGGGCUUGAAGGGACACACGUAAAUGAAAGGCUUAAUUUAAAGAGGGGAUUUACUGUAAAAGCUUGUGAAAACUGAUAGCAGAGGAUGGACAUCUAUGAAACUCCCACAGAAAGUUCAUUGCAAUUACAUCCAGCAUUCUGAGUCAUAUUUUUUGAGAGCAACUAAUAGUGACUGCUCUUCUUUCUAAUUUUAAAACACAAUCUUCUCUCUCUUUUCCCCAAAAUAAUAGUUUCUUUUAUGAAGACUAAUUUUUCUCUGAGCUAAUGAAAUAGAAGCUUAUUAACAACAGUAGAUAGUUACAUUUAUGCAAAAACCAUUUUCAACGAGGUGGGAAAAGCCAGAAAACAUUGGAUCCAGUAGAGCUCACUGAGGGAUUGUUUGAUUUAAUCUCUCUCAAGCUUUUAGGAGGCAUUCAGAUAAGGAGAGUACCAUGAAACUGGAUAGGAUUAGUACAGAGACAACCUUGGAACAACCUUUGUAUGAAGGAUGAACUGAAGAGCAGAACAGGUGUUUCUUGUCUUUUGGCUCUUGUAUACAUCUGAAGUUUAUAUAGCCUUUUGUAUCAAAGUGCUACGAGCGGUGCAAGGCAUUCAAGAUGAAACCCUGAGUGUGCUGAAGCCCUAAGGCCAAGGGCUUCUGUUGCCUUCAGUAAAGGUUAGGAUUUUGCUCACUGUAUUGUCACGUUUUCUUUUGUGGUGCUAUCAGGUUUGGUGCUAUCAGAUUGGUGCUAUCAGAGCACUUAGAAAGUGCUGCAUAUAUGAUAUCCUCUUCCAUGUGUCUGCACUUUAAACCAAACUCCUCUCUGAUAUGUGAGACUUGAAACGGGAGCUCUACCCAGGGCAGAGUUUGUCCCCACCGCUAGUCCUGCAGAUUGGUGUCUCUCUAUCGUAUCUUGCUCCAACAUGUAUCAUUUCCCUUGCCAGGCUCCAAGGCCAGUUGUGCAGUGGUUAAGUUACAGCUCAUUCUUCAUAAUAUGAGCAGAGCCUUUUGGAUGAAUUGCAGCUUUGUACUCGCUCUAGAACUGUGUUACUGUUUUAUUCCUUGUGGAUGAGUGCAGAAGUAAGCCCACCUUUAACCCUGAGCCCACUAUGGAUUGCAGCUCACACCUGUCCUCAAGCUGUCUUUGUUGCUGUUAUCUUCCUUUCAAUGCAAGGAGGGAUAAAGAUUCUUAGUAACUAACAUAUCUUUAAAGCAACUUUUUUCUUCCUUAUUCCAGUUUUCAGGAUCUCACUGCAAUAACUCAUCAGCAUUUUAUCCACAGCUAAGUUUUUCCAGCACAGGGAGUUAUAAUUUCAUUGACAGGCUAAUCCUGUGUGGGCUUCACAUUCGUAUCUGUGCUUAUUUAGUGCAAACAAGUGUGUGCACCCCAGAGCUGGCCUGUAUGCACGAAGCCACAUUUGCACACCAUUUAUUCUCAAGUGCCUGUCACAAACAGAUCUGCUUUUCUGUGUCCCAGAUGAUUUUCACUACCAGGGAAAUGAUCCUAACUCAGAUUUUGUUAUACUGGAUGUUCUUUUGGCACCUGAUAGUCAGAAUCCAACCUCUCUCUUCUGUUAUUCCCACCCUGUAUCCCAGAUGCAGAGGUUGUAUAAAUACUUAGUAAGCAAUCAAUGAAAAAUGCUGGGGUCCAAGUUCUGGGUCCUGCCUAAGGAAACAUGAAUUUAGAAGGAAUUUUACUGAAUGUCUGAGCACUGAAAACCACCUCGCUUGCUCUCUCAGUCCACAGAUUAGCAUGCAUCGAGCUUUUUUAGAAAUGAUCAGAAACCUACAUUAAUUAAAAACUGAUGGUACAACACAGCUCCAUUUUAUUACAUUCUCUAACUUCAUCUGGUGACAACCCUCCCAUGUUAUAAUAGCCAGAAAAAAAAAUAUAAAAAGAAUUUAAUUCUGUUCAAUACUCUUGCACUUCUGUUUCAUAUCAUUUUAUAGGAGCCUUACUAUGAAUUUACAGCUAUGCUCUGCCCUCAGUUACUCCAUACUGGUGAAAGAAAAGCUGUUUGUUUUGGUGUAUCUAUGGCAAUUCUUUUUCUUUUAGUUGUUCUUAAAAGAUUGACACUCUUUAGAUUACAGUGGUGGUAUUUCCAUAUUGUAAACAAUACUCUGUACUGUUACUAAAGUACUGUACAUUUCUAGUUGCACAGUGGUGUUACUGAGUGUAGAUUCUCACUAUCUCAUGUAUGGUGCUAAUUUUGUUGGUGGAAAAGAAUCUUAGCAGUCGAAUAUUGCUUGAUAUUUUAUUAUAAUACAGGGAUAUAUCCUCCAUGGCAAUAAUACCAUGUAAGUUUUUCAUUACAGAGUGAAAUGUAUAUAUUUUUCCAUUAGUUAAUUUGCAUAUGUACUGUAUCCAUGGUAAUUUUCUUUUUGGUGCUGGUUAUAACUAGAAAAGAUAAAAACAGUCAAACUGAAUGGAAGAAGUUGUAAAUGAAAACUAAAAAAAAAAAAAAAAAAAAGAAAUAGAAAAGAGGAUCAUUCCAUUUUGAAAACAAAUUGAGUAUGUUGAAUAAUAAAUUUAUUUUUUCCAUAACAACUUUAACAAGGUUUCUGAACUUGAAAAAAUAUAAUGCAAAUCAAGCAGCUAGCAUGAAAAUUCAGAGCAAGGGGGGAAGCUGUAAGUAGUACCUAAUGAAUCUGUCUAGUACUGGACUGAGACUGGGAUUUGGUUAAAUCUAGGCCAACUGUGUGAUAGCUGUGGUAGGUAUAAAAAGUUUUUUGUCAGUAAGAAAUCUGGCAUCUCAGAAUUCCUGGUGUGCUAACAAAUCAAGGAAUGAUGGGUCUUGUCCCAGCUGGGUUGCAGAAUAAAGCACAGGGAGUGUUAAUACCUGAUUACUGUCUAGCAAGGUCUCUCCUCAGGGACACAACAGUAGAACAUGGCUGUUUGGAAACGAUAACCUAGGUUUUGUUUGGGAAAUCACCGUGUAUGACUGAGCAGGCUGCCAGGAAGCUAAAGCAUAUGCCUGGGGACAUUUUGCAAGUGCUUUUGAGAAAGGUUGCUUUCAAUGUAUGUUGGAGCUGAGGUGAGGUGGCAGCUAGCUGUAUGUUAAAUGGUAGCUGCUCUGCAGGUGCAACCCAAUAACAAAGGUUGCUGAACAUAUGGAAGUUUAUGUUGAAGCUAAACUAGGCCAUCCAUUUGAAAGAUAUCUACAUAACCUAGCUGCAUACUGCCCUGGUGUGAAAUAAACAGAAUUACUUCAGUGCUAAGUGUUUUGGAUGUGUUUGUUGUAGGCACUAGCCAGUAUCUUUGUACUACUUGGCUUCCCCUUCAGCCUGGUCAAAAUGUCUUUUUAUGAAUGGUUGCACACAGGCAUGGAGGAUCCCUUCCUGUCCUGUCUUACAAAGAUGCCGUCAUCCAUAUCCCAUUUCAGUUCUUGUUGAAGUGUCACUGUUGGAGAUGGGAGCAGCACCUUUCUAAAGCAGUCCUAAAAGCAAGCGGUAUCUUCUACGGCUGGUAUGAGAGUCCCUGUCCCAAGAUGAUUUCCAGAAAUUGAGCUUAUACCUACUUUAAAAAAUAGAGUUCAUUUUCUGAUCUCACGCUGGCUUCUUGGUACUGGCAUAGCACCUAUA